AACAUCCAAGCCAUGCUCGCAACGCAGUUCCAUGACUUCGAAAUUGGCCAACGGAGAAUCAAUCAGUUCUAUCCUCUGCUCGGAAAUUCCAUCUUCUCGAGCGACGGCGCAUUCUGGCAACAUUCCAGAGCGUUGUUUCGGCCGCAAUUCAUUCGCGAGAACAUCAAUGAUCUGGAAGAAACAGAGAAGGGCUCCCGAACGCUGAUCGAGGCGCUGGGGCCCGUCGACAGCAAGGGUUGGACGUCUGUACGCCAGCUACAGCCGCUACUCUUCAAUUUCACGCUGGACACGGCCUCGUCGUUCCUGUUUGGAGAAUCCAUCAAUUCCCAAUCUCUCAUGAUGCGAGAGUCAUCGGAAAGCGAUUCGCCUGUAUCACAAGACCAGGCAAAGCAGAAACAGUUCAUGGCAGAUUUCGAGUUGGCGAAUGUGUACAUGUUCAAGCGAAUUAGAUUCCAGUCACUGUACUGGAUCAACGAUAGUCUCGACCUCCGCAGAGCCAUACGCCGGAUGCGGCAGUAUAUCGAGCAAUUUGUCCAGAAAGCGAUCGCCUCGGCUGCCUCGACGACAUUGAAGCAGGAGAACAAGAAGUACAACUUACUCUCUGCUCUCGCAGAACAGACGCAAGACCACGAAGAACUUCGCAACCAACUGCUUGCCAUCUUGGUCGCUGGAAGAGACACCACAGCCGGUCUCCUCGGCUGGUCUUUUGCCCGCCUCGCCAUCCACCCGGACAUCUUCCACAAACUCCGCACCCACAUUCUCUCCGACUUUCCUCCCUCCUCCUCCUCCUCUACCAUCACCUUUGAAAAAGUCAAAGCAUGCCGCUACCUCCAACACUUCCUCCACGAAGUCCUCCGUCUCCACCCCAACGUCCCCUUUAACAAUCGCCAAGCAGCAGUCGACACUACAUUACCCACGGGCGGAGGACCCGAUGGCACGGCACCUAUUGUGGUCGCAAAGGGGACGACGAUUGCAUUUUCCGUGUACUUGAUGCAUCGCCGACCAGAUCUAUGGGGCGAGGAUGUCUUGGAAUUUCGACCGGAGAGGUGGGAGGAGGAAAGGAGAGGUUCCAAAUGGCAGUUUUUGCCCUUUUCAGGUGGUCCCCGAGUCUGUCUCGGCCAGCAAUUCGCUCUCGUAGAAGCAAGUUAUGUAAUAAUACGCAUCCUCCAAACCUUCGACGCCAUUGUACCCGGAGACGUGAUGGAAAUGUCUCGGUUGCGUAAAGGGUUGGGCUUGACUUUGUGGCCACGAGAUGGGGUGCCGGUGAAAUUUCAUAGGGCAGAUUGAGAAUUUAGGUACCUAGGUACCUUACUAUAAUGAUGAAAUGAU